CAACAGUUUUGACUCUCGUCUCAAGCUAUAAAAACAUUUCAUUUGUGAUUUGAUCUCAGUCGAGUUGAGAGCAGAACUAAAAAAUUCAAUUUUUCUCAAAGAAAAAGACAAACAAAGCAAGAAAAGCUAAUAGUUUUUCCCGUAGAGAAUUGAAUAAGUGCUUACCUAAAAUGAAUCCAACUGAGAAUCCAUCAUCCGCUGACCCAUCCGUGAAUCCUUCUGUGGAUCCGUCCGUUAAUCCCAUCGUGGACCUAACCGUUGAUACAACUGUGGACCCGUCCGUCGAUCCAUCCACAAGUCCAAAUGUGAAAGAAGCCACAGCUGACAAAAGGAAGCUGGAGGAGCUUAAGAAGAAGCAGAAGUUGCCCAAAAUGGACAACGUUUCGACUGUCCACGCCCAGGCAGUGCAGACCAUGGAGGACGGUGAGAGCGACACCGACACCAGCUCCGAUACCACGGGCACCCCGACCAGCGAGUCUCACUCGGAGGGCGAGCAGGACGAGGAUGACGAGGAAGAGGACGAGGAGGAGGAAACUUAAAUUGAGUCCGUAAGAAGAUAAAGUAACGGAGCGUCGCUGCGGCUUGAGGACGCGCAACACGAACCGCCAUCUGCUCCUGUACCGGCUGACCUUCCAGAAGAAAUACAAAAACCAACAAAAUAAAUACAAAUAAAUCGAUAUGCAACGCGAUUACAAA